UAGCUUGGUUUUGUUACUUUUAAAUAACCCUAGCCAAUUCUUUUUCUGUUUUCUAUGAACUGGGAAAUUUUGGAAAUAUAUACGACUCGUUGAAAUCAUAUAUUCAAUGAGUCAAAUAGAUCAUUGAUUCGGUACACAGAGAAACUUUGGUAUUAGAUUAAAUGCACGAUUAAAUUUGGGCAGGGCAGAUGAUCGUAAUCAAUAAUAUACAUAUAUAUAUCCCUUGGCGUACGUACAUUUGACAACCUCUGUGUAUUUCCCUGUUUUUGAGGGAAUCGCUUACAAAUUCUACUAAUCGAUAUGACUCUUAAAGACCAAAGUCAACAAGUAUAUGACCCCAUAUAUACUCUAAAAAUUUAUGCGUGCAUGUCCCUGUUUAAGUAUAUAAAGAGUGUGUUGAUGAUAAACAUUUACAUAUAUAGAGUCUAAAUAACUAUAGUAAAAAUGUGCUGCAUGAUUACGUACCCUUUUCAUACAACUGCGAGGCGAAUGCGAAUGGUAGUUAAUUAGUGAAUGAUAUAUUGUUGCUUGUUAGUGUUUAGUACUUUGAAGUGAAAGGUAACAAAUGAUCAUUUUUCCAAACAAUCCCAACUUUCUUGUCUCUAUUCCAACAUUAGUGGAAUCUUAUCAAUAAAUUUCCACUCGUAACGAUUUGAUGGAAUUUAACUGCACAACGAAUUGUAGAAAAAAAAAGAUGGCCCAAGAAGAUAUGAUUGGAGGAAAAGGUAUUGAUGAUAUAUAUGGUCUGAGGAUAAUGAUGACGAUACUGUUAGACUUACAGUAUUGAUUGAGAGAUUUGGACUAAACAUCUCCGUGUACAUGGUGCAAAAGACGAUCUUUGACCAAUUGAAGAAUAAACAAUACAAUAAAUCAUUUCAUAAGAAUUGAAUUGAUUGGUUUUUAUUUUUCCACUCAGAAACAAAAGACGUAAAAAAAUUCCACUCAGAAACUUAUCAUAAACUCGAUGGGUUUGCGAUUUAGUAAGGUGACUGAGGUCUGUUAUACUUAACGUAGUAAUAGAAAAAUAACUUUUGUAUAACACAUAUAAUCACAAUUCACAACUUUUUCUAAAGAAAACAAAGAGAAAAGCUUUAGUCAUUUUCAAAAAAGGAGUUGAAGAUUUAGUUGAGAGUACGUGUAGUAUUAGAGACAGUCAGACAGAUAGCAAUUUGUUGAAGGUGGAAGCAAGAGCACACCCAAUAACUCUUUUAGCAAUCUCACUGGCUACGUGUCUUUCCUCUAUUUGAUUUUUUUAAUUUUUUCUUCUUAAUGUUGGUACGUGACGAAGACGACACAAUUGAAAAUAAAUUUGAUGCUUUGGGACCGCUCGGAAUUAUAUUUUCUUAAUGACUCUUAACGCACUUUUGCAAUUCUCCUUAUAUAUAUGCAUACAUACGUAUAAAAAGGUUGAUAUAAUUUGAAAAACAAAAAUCGUAUGUGUUAAGUCUUCAAACAGAAAAGUCUUAGACAAUAUCUGAAUAUAACUUAUAUAAAAUGACUCCCAAGAAUAAUGGUUAAAUAAAAACAAAAUACGUUUCAGCAAAAAUUAGGCAACCUAAAAUAAAUCACUUGGCCUUUUGUGUCAAAUUCUCUAUCAGUACUUAAAAACGACUUACAUACAAGUCAGCACUGAGUUAAAAUGAUAAUCAAACUAAGUUAUAUAGUUAAACUUUACUCUAUGUGAGAGAAUAUUAUUAAUUUAUUAUUAUAAUGCAUCAUGAACUUAUACAAUUGAACAUCUAGUUAUAGUUAUAAAUUUAAAGACCUAUUGAAUUAUUCUCAAAACUAAGGCACAUUGCUGUAUACUGACCAUCUUAAAAACAAUUUUACAGGUGCAAAUUAUCUACUUCAGUAUAACUAAAGUAGAAAAUAUGCAUUAAAGAUAUAUAAAAAGAGAAAUAUAAUAAUUUUCAGUGAUUUUGGAACCUCUUGAAUCUUUUGCUGGUUCUUCAUAAUCAGAAAGACUAUUAUAGAAGGGAGAAAAAUCUAAGAGGAGAAGAAAAAUAAUUUUGCCAAAGUCAAGCAAACCGUUGAAUCAUGAAAGCGUGGAGGAAUUUAGUAGCCACCGUAAUGUGGAAACAUGUUUUAACUUUCAACCAAAAAGACAUAUUGACGUCAGAAGUCGAGAUUGUGAUGUCAGGGUGGUCACUUCCUUCCUUACAUCAUUUUGUGUCUCUCCCCUAUAUAUACACUUCUCUAAGCUAUUUUCCCCACCAAAAAGCACUUCACCUCUCAAAGACUACUUACACAUUUGUCACUUUCUUCCCUCAUAAUUCACGAUUUGAUCGAUUAAAAACAUUAGACCUUAGUAGAUAUGGAGAGUAAUGGUGACGCUGCUGCCGCUACCACUCCAAUCAUCAUCUCUUCUUCAUCUUCUCCUCCACCACCGCUUUCACCGCGGGUGGUGCUCAGCCCAUGCGCUGCUUGCAAAAUCCUAAGGCGGCGUUGCGCAGAGAAAUGCGUUUUAGCACCGUACUUCCCUCCAACGGAUCCGGCCAAGUUCACCAUCGCCCACCGUGUCUUUGGAGCCAGCAACAUCAUUAAGUUCUUGCAGGAACUUCCAGAAUCACAAAGAACUGAUGCGGUCAAAAGUAUGGUGUAUGAAGCGGAAGCAAGAAUAAGAGAUCCGGUGUAUGGAAGUGCGGGUGCGAUAUACCAUCUACAAAGACAAGUGAGUGAACUCCAAGCAGAGCUAGCAAAAGCUCAAGUGGAGAUGGUGAAUAUGCAACUUCAAAGAUCAAAUUUACUGGAGUUGAUUUAUAACAUGGAGCAAGUACAGAAGAAACAAGAACAAGAUAAUAUGUCUUUUGAGAGCAAUGAUUUGGGAUUCCUUGAUGACAACUCCAACACCAACACCAACACAUCAAUGUUGUGGUGGGAUCCUCUUUGGACCUGAUGAAUAUAUUUUUGACUACCUUUUCUACUACUUUUAGCAAUUUAGCACACAAAAAUGUAUAAUAGAAUUUUCAGACAAUUCA